AAAGCAGAUUCUGAUGAUUCUGGAACUGAAGAACCUGGGGCAGAAGAUGACUUCUAUACUCAACCGGAGUUAGGUUGUAAAGCAGUACGCCCUGUUGUUAAUCACAAACCGGAUAAAUUAGCAGAAAGAUUGACUUCAUUAACUAUAGCUAGAGAUAGAGGCAAUGUUCCUGAGGGUUUAGUGGAUUCUUUACCACCAGAGGUGUUAUUGGUAGUGUUUAAACAUCUAGACGAUAUAUCGUUAUAUACAGCCGGUAAUGUGUGUACAAGAUGGAGGCAGAUUUUAGAUGGUGAAACAUCUGAGAAAGAAUGGAAACAUUUUAUACAAUUACGAUGGCCAUUAUUUCUUCCUCAAAAUCCUGUUAAAUGUUGGAAAACUAUCUACACCAAUUUACUAAUUUAUUUGUCUCAACAAGACCACCAGAGGGCAGCAAUAGUCUUAUUACAAAAUGGAGCAGACGUGACUAUAAUAGAUGAUCAGGGGAAAUCACCAGUCGAUCUCGCCAAGUCAAAGAAAAUGAAGUCAACUUUAAAAGAAGCCUGGACAGAAGCAACUCAGAAAAAGAUUACUCCAAUAUUAGCUCCAGUACGAGUUCCUACUAGAGAAGAUUGUAAAAGUCAGAAAUCAAAACGUAGAAAAGGAGAAGUUAUAUUCGAUGGUUUAGUUACAACACCAGUUCAAAAUAAUAUAA